AUGGAACCUAGCAGCAGUCCUUGUGGUGCUCUUUUAAUUGCCAACGUCCUGACAGGGUGUCUCGUCGCCAAUGCAGCACUACUUACAGACAUCAAUCGAGAAAGUGCUGCGUCCGCCGGAGCGGCAAUCAAUUUAGCUACGUGCCUACUUGGUGCGGGUGGUGUUGGGGCUGCCACACCCUUGAUUGACGCCAUCGGUAUUGGACCCACCGCGACCUUGACUGCGGGUCUAUGGAUUGUAACGGCACCAGCUCUAUGGUCGGUCUACCGACAUGGGCAUCGCUGGAGAAUUGCCAAAGCAGCGAAGCGUAAGAAGAAAAAGGAAAGUGCUGGGGAUGAGCCAGCCGCAGACCAACCUGCUUAA